CUAAAAAUAAUACAAUUGAAUUAUUUAACAUAAUUAUGGAAAUAAUUUUGAGAAAAACGGUAUAAAUUCUACUGUUUUUAGCAGACAUGUUACAAUUUUCUUUUUUGAUAGGCUCAAUCUAUUAAAAAAAAAUGAAAAUCCUUAAAGAAGGGGUACUCUUUCUUUUUAUUCUCAUUCAAAUAAAUUCUUUCUGUUUAGCAGAAAACUUAAUUAAUCAUGCUGCUAAUGAGAAGAAGAACGAAGAAUUCUCAAAUCGAAUAAUAUUAAACGACUUCAGCAUAAAAUCCUCUAUUAGCGAACUUUUUAAAUAUUUUGACUACUUGGAAAUAAUAAAUGAGUUUAUAGAGCCAAAAAUCAAAAGACUAUGUAUCGUUAUAGCAAAAGAUAUAAAAGAUAGUAUAAAAUUAGCUGAAUUAUUGAGCAACAAAAAUAGAUUGUUGCCUGAAAAAAAACAAAAUUUUUCCGAAACUAAGAAUUUAAUAUACAAUGAAAUUAUGCAAAAUUAUUAUCUAUAUUACCAUAAAGAGUUAUCGGCACACAUAAUUGUUUAUCCUACAGAAAUGCAAAAUAAAAUAUUAGCGACAUAUUUGAUAAAGAGAACCAUAGACUCGUCAGAAGAAUUAAAAGUUGCACUGACAUGUUCAAAAGAAGUUAACGAAGACAAUCUUAAUUCCAUGUUUAUGAUGGCAUCAAAUAUACUCGAUUUCAACAGAGAACAACACAAUCUUAAGCAUAAAAUUAUUUUUUUGCCAUUAGAUGUCAAUGAUCAAAGUAAAUUUACGGCCGCAAAAAACAACUUAGAAAAUUAUUUUUACAAAAAAUUCGAAAGAUUUGGAAAUUCUUUAAAUGUAAAAGAUUUACUUUUUUCUGCUUUUUAUGAUUAUAAGAAUUUAACUAAGAAAGAGCAAUUAGAAUAUAUUGUAAUAGGAUCUCUUCUUUAUCACAAAGCAAUUCGCAUCGCUCACAUAAUGAUUAAUUUACAUGAACACCCACAAAGAAUUCUUAUGUCGACUUAUGAAGAAGACUAUUUAACUAUAUACAAUUAUAUACAAACGACCAGUAAUUUAAUCAAAAUUCGUACUUUCGCAUUUUCGUAUGAUGGGGAAAUUUUGGAUUUAUUAAAAAACCGAUAUCCCUACAUGGAGCCUUCAUCAGUGGAUGUGUCCUCCCUAAAAGGUGUACUAACUUUCCCAGAUUGGGUGACGAAAAACAGCAACAUAUCAAAACGUGAAUCUCAAGACAAUGAAGUUGAGAAAUUUAUCAACAAUGUUUGUAAUCGAACGGAACAAAUUGAAGUCGUUAAGCAUGUUUGUUUCAUGAAAUAUAUGAAUUACGAUAAACCUGAAAAACUAUUAAAUUAUAUGCAGAAUUUUACUAUUGAUUAUUAUUUGCGAGAGGAAAAAGAGUUGUUUUCCAUAUUAUCAUCAAUGUAUAAAACUGAAAAUAGCAAGGAAACUGGAAUGUAUAAAUCACAGGAUCUGUACGAGAAGAUAGAGAAAAUUGAUGGACAAAAGAAGGAUCUAAUGUUGGAGGCAUUUUUCGCUGUUAACAAUUUCCUAAAUCCAGAAGCAGAACAUUUGUGCUCGCAAAUAGGCAACGGAACCUAUAAAUUGCAAGUUAGAGGAAAAUUUUUAAUCGUUGGUCAGAUUCUACGCAAGAAGUAUUGUUCCGGAAAUGUGACAAUUUUAGAACUUUUAGCUCUUGAUAAAAUUGUCAUUAAUGAAGAUUUGGUCAGUGAUAAAGUACAACUAGUCAUUAUAAUGGCACCAAUUUGGGAAAUCGUUUGGAACAGAGUUAUACGUCUAACUGGUGCUCCUGGAGAUAACAAUUGGAGGCCCUAUAAAUAUGAACCUGAUUAUAGUACUGAUCCUGUGCGAUUAGAUGGUUUAGACGGAGUUCGCGGAGGACCUGGAGGAUCAUUUUUCGGAAUCGCUAAUACUAUAAUUAAGGAUAAAAAUUUGUACAUUUCAACUAUAGGUGGUAGAGGAGGUGAUGGACAAAAUGGUGCAGAUGGAUUAGUUUAUGAGAGAAAUCCUGGAACGGAAAAACAAGUACAUUCUCCAGGUAUUAAAGGCAACGCAGGAAAAGGUGGAAUUCCAGGCUUAGUUCAGUUUUUCCCUUUAAAUAACAUUAAUUUCAAUAUAAGUAUAUCGCAAACAAACGGUAGUGUUGGUACACCUGGAGAUGAUGGGAUAAUGAAUAAAGUAUCAGAUUUCUUCUUAAAUUUUCUUUUACGUAGAGAGAGAAUGAAAAUCAACUUUGAUAGCUAUUUAAUUGAUGAACCAAAAGGAAUAAAUAAUUUAACUUCAACUUUAAUGAUAUACAGAAAAUAUGUUUUAAAGAAUAUGUUAAAAACGGGUAAACAAGAUUACGCGGACUUGUACGGAAAACUGAAUACAAACGUGAAUCUUACAAAAAAUCUCAAUACUUUAGUCUUUGCUGAUGAAUUGUUUUAUUUGGAAGAAAAUAAUUACUUAAUAUUAAAUAAAUCCAUUUUAUACACAAUGUAUCUGGGGUUGCAAAAUGGACUUGCUUUAUAUAAAGGAGAACCACAAAGACUUGGAGAAUCUGAUGACGACAAAACAUUUCUUUCUAAAUUGGAACACUUCAUUGUAAAAAAGACAGGCGAAUUGUAUGGAAAUCUUCAUAAUCAGGCUGUUGUUAAGAUCAAUGACUUUAUAGGAUAUUGCAAAGAAAAUGGAGAAAAACUACGAAAAUUGGAAAUUAGUAAGAAAUUCGAAGAAGUUAGCACUAAAUUUAAAAAAGAAUUUCAAAAACAAAUAGAUGAGGCUUCAAAAUUAAUUAAAAAUAACCUCGAAGUUAUUGUGGAUAAAAAAUUUAACGACUUAAAUAAAGAGAUUGAAAAAUUAGUAGAUGAAGUUAAAGUCAUGAUUAAGAAGGGCAAUGAAGCAGUUGGGAAAUUGAAAGAAAAAAAGAAAGAACUAGAAUUUCAAAUAGCUUUAAGGAAACUUUUCACUAUUUUCAAAUUUAUUAUUUUUGGACUGUCGUUCAUAAAUCCUGUUUGUGCAACAAUUGGCUCAGCAUUGAGCGGAGGUCUAUCUAUCUUAGAAACAAAUUAUUUAACCGCUGAAGGAGACAAAGACUAUGAGGAAUUUAAAAUACCAGAGGCAGUAACUAAAGAUGUGAAAAGUUCAUUUACAAAAUAUGAUGAGGAAACAAAGAAAGAAUAUGAAGAAGUUGAAAAGCAAUUAAAAGAGAUAAAAUCAGAGAAAGAGAAAUUAUCAGUUGAUGAAGCUAAGCCGCUGAAUGAUAUGGUACAAGAAGUAACUAAAAAAUGUACUCCAAAAGUGUCAUUUCCAAAGAAAUGUAUGAUGGAAAUUCUGGAAAAGAAAGAAAAUGAAUUGACGACACAGAGUGUAAAGCAAAAGAAGAGCUACAAAACAUCGUUAAAAAUUGUAAAAGGAGCGGAAAUUUCUCUAGACGUUGUUAAUUUAGGACUAGAGAACUACAAUAGCAUUAAGAAAGAUGCAUCUGAAAUAGAAAAAAUUGAUGAACAAAUUGAUAAACAGAAGAAGAAUAUUAAAAAAUUAGAAGAAUUCCAGACGAAGAUUUACAAAAAUUUACAACCGCAAAUCGAGGAUAUUAGGAAGCAAUUGCGCGAGACAUCUAAAGGAUAUGUUAUAUCUUCAACAGCACUUCUUGAAUACAAAAGAUUCGAAAUGGGUGAAUACUUAAAUAAAAUUUCGUCAGAGCUAGAUAGCUGGACUAAGCAAUUCAACGUCAGCCAAGAAAUUAAGGAUACAAUGGGACAAUUAAAAGCCGCAAUGAAUACAAUUAUUCAGAUGCACACUCUUAUUAAGGACUUUGAAUCUCAAAAAAGACAGGCAGACUUUGUGACAGAUGUUGCGAGUGUACCUUUUAAAAACACAAAUAUAAAAGAUCCAAAGUUAGUAGAAAUUUUAACGAAAUUAGAAAAUAUUCACUAUUCAAACACUAUUAUUGAUGAGUACAACAAGUUAGCAAUUGCUAUGAAAGGUUACGCAUAUCCAUUUCUAAAAGAUUUCUCAGACUUCUUCUCCAGUCCAAGUAUGUUAUUUAAUAGUUAUUUCAUAAAACCAAGCAACUUAGUUGAUAAAAUAUAUCAAUUAGAUUCAAAAUUAAAAAGUAGAAGAAGUCACGGUGCUGUAUUUAAACAAUUUAAGGCAGCUAAAUUUGGAAUUCCCGGGGGUCAUUCUGCAUUUUAUACCUGGAAGAACAGUACUCAUUCGUCAUAUAUUAAAGACAUUCUCGAAGGAAAGGUAGUCGAGCUAUUUGCAAAUAUUUCGCAAGAACCAGGUUUAAAUGCAGUAAAGUUUCAAAAUAUAGAGAUUUUGUUUUCGUCAUCUGAUAAUGAAACAAAUGUUCAAUUAAAGGAAGACUUUAAAGAAUUUCAAAUAUUGUUUACUCACAAUGGAGAUUCUUACUACAGAUGUAGCGAUAAAGUGCAUGUAAUUAAAUCAGGUACUUAUGGCUCAGUUUUUGAGCCCAUCACGUCAAAAAGAAAUAAGCGUCAGGCUUCUAAUAUUGAUUAUGUUUUGAGUCCUUUUGCAACAUGGAGAGUUCAACUUGAACCUAUUCGGAAUGGUCAUAAUUUUGAUUCUUUAGCUAAAUAUGUGAAUAAAGUUAAUCUAGAGUUGGUUGGAGAAGGUCAGUACUUGUUGGCAAAUAAAAAUAUUUGUAAUGAAUACUUUGAAUGAAUAUGGUCAGUUAUGUUAAUUUCAAUAGAAAUAAAAACUAUAUUGUCUUUAAAUUUUUUUGAUUAAAGUAGAAAAAAACUUAAGUUAACUUAACUUUAAGUUUACCUUAUAAUGUUUUCAUAUUUUUUAAAAAAUAAAUUGUAUUAUAAUUUACCUGUUCCUUGAAGGUCUACUUAGCCCUAGGAACUUUGAAUA